AUGUUCGCAUAUCUUGCUCAGCGGUUUUCAGGUGGCAAGUCGAGUGAAGAUGGUGGUCGCGGACGCCUGGCUUGGGACCACGGUUCCCCUCACAGUCCCCCAUCACAAGGAUGGGCGAAGGUCGGGUUGCGGCCCCGAGCUCCGUCUCAACCAGGAGAUAUUUCGACGACGAGACUCCCUCUAGCGAACCCAUCUACGGAGGAGAAACUAGGGACGUUUCGCCGAGUACAACCUACGGGUAGUCCAACCCGUCUAUUUCCGCCUAACGUAUCGUGGCUAUCGGACGACGACCGCGACACCCCCCGCCCGCCCUCCCCUCAUAUAUCUAAUUAUGCUUCUUCCGACCAUGCUCCUCAGCGGCAUUUAUCACCUAUCUAUGACCACCCUGACGCCUAUCCCAACAUGCUGUCACCGUCGACUUCCACGUCGACGAUAUCCCCUGCGCCGUCCACGCCACGGUGGGGUCUCAGGCUGCAAACUGACCCCGCCUUGGUGGGCAGCACACCAUCACUUAAUAUGUACACAAGGCAGACCUCUUUGGAGGACCCUCAAGGAGUGCCGUUUGCGCAAGUGAAGCAACUCAGUCCCAUAGCGGAACAGGAUUAUUUAUCUCCUACGUCUCUUCGAACGCACACGCGACCCCCAUCCGACCAUGAUGCCUCACAUUCGCAGAACAACCGCUCGCCCAAUGAAUCGCAGCACUCGGAUAUAACCAGUACAUACAUUUCGUUCGAAUCUCCUACCGCUAUUAACACGACGUUGACAUCUACAGAACCCUCGCCGGUGUUCGCGCCUUUCAUUUCCCGGCCCUUGAACCGCACACUAUCACAAAACUCCUCACGUACACAUAUAUCCACGACCUCUACGAUCGUGAAGAAUCCUUCGCCUUCUGUUGUCAUCCCUCCGCUGGAUCUUAGACCCCCCUUUCCCGGACCACACCCCUCGAACUCCUACAAUGCAAGUGUUCCUUCACUGAGACCACUGAAGUCGGCUACUACGCCGACUAUGCCCACUAUCGCUGGAAGCUCGGAGGACUACGGGGGAGAAACCUCCGCGAGUGGAGAUGGCAGUCGCUAUUCUCUACAUGCCGAUAGUUUCGUCACCGCUACCGAUUCCAUGAACGGUAAUGAACAGUCGCCGAGGGGAGAACAGCGACGACCUGCAUAUAGUGCUCCCGCUCUUGAUAUGGACAUAACUGAAGUCCCUACCGAAGAGCAUCAGAGGAGCACACCGACCCCUAGCCUGUAUGAGAAUCCCUUCGAACGCGAGUCUAGAAGGGGUGCACCAACGGUGACACGAGAACCGUCUACCUCCCGCUCGAUACCCAUGUCUGUAACCUCUUCUGGAUUUAUCAUGGCGCGCUGGGAUCGAGACGCCGCGCUUGGCACUGGGACCGUGUCGUUUCCUCGUGUCAAGAAGCGACGGCUCGCGUACACACCUGCAUGCUGGAUGUUCUGGUUGUGCUUCCUCUGCCCGCCAUUGUGGUUUAUCGGCGGAUGGUAUAUCACCAUUUUCGCUGAAGCCUACACAUUCCGUGACCCGGACGAUGACUGGCAUUGGUGGGGAGUGAGGCAAAGGGCAGCGAGAAAGCGUCGAAGAAAGCUCCAGGAGUUGCAGCUCCCUCAGUGGGUUAGAGACAAGCAGCAAAUCUCCGAUGGGGCAAGCUCGACACGAAGAGCGCUGAGAGGCAUUUCGUUUCUAUACCCCUUCGUAGCUCGCCCUAUAGAUCCUCCCCCGUCCCAUGGCCUAGCAAUGCGCAUGUGCUUGCGUACCAUCGCAUUCCUUGGAAAGAUGAACAGAUUGUUGGAUAGGAUUCCUUGUGUCAAGCUUGCAGAAGUCGAUGGAGAGCGCGAGACAGAUCGCAGGAUGUUCGACCCGUGGAUCCAGAGAUGUAGGUAUGCGUGGUGCUGGUUCUUCAUCCUUUGGUGCUUUGUCGGAGUGCCGAGUUUAUUUAUCAUUCGUCAGUAUUGUAAUACCUGCUUUCGUGAUACUAUAUUGUAG